UUAAUUUAAUUUAAUUUUGUUAAAUAAAAUUGGUUUUUCUGCUUCGGGUUAUACAUUACAGCGUGUUGGAGGGAAUAGUUGAGCGGUUAAUUUAAGAGCUCUCUCUCUCUAUUUCUUUCUUUAAGUGGUGGUAGCUUGACGAAGAAGGGUGCGCAGGUUAAGCGAAUCUGCUUUGUCAACAGUGGGGCGUACGUUAAGCCAGUGGGACGACAGACGGAGAAACCUGUAUAGAUUAUUAGAUUUGGUUUUCGAUUUAGGUUUUCCAUUGAUGAUCUUGAUCGAUGUCGAAAAUGAAGCAUCUGCUGAGGAAGCUUCACAUCGGCGGGGGUCUCAAUGACCACCAGAGGCUCGCCGACACCCGACCCGUCGCGACUCCGAUUACUUCGAAUCCGAAUUCCUCGGGUUCUUCUAUGUCGCCCGCGCCGGCGGUCAGUUCGAGUUCGGCGGGAAUGGUGGGGAGAAUCGCGGCCGUCGAUUCGGCGGCUGGGGAUAGUGGUAGUGGUAGUGGUAGCGGCGGUGGCGGAGUCGUUGGUUUUGGUGGUGGUGAGUGCCUGGAUUUCAAUUUCUUGGAGGAGGAGUUUCAGGUGCAAAUGGCCCUCGCGAUCAGCGCCUCGGAUCCCGAUACGCGAGAGGACCCUGAGUCCGCUCAGAUCGACGCCGCGAAGCGGAUUAGCCUCGGUUGCCCGACUCCGGUUGCCGAUACUCAAGCCCUAGUUGAUAUUCUUUCGCUCCAUUAUUGGAGCUAUAAUGUUGUAAAUUAUAAUGAAAAAGUGCUGGAUGGGUUUUAUGACGUAUAUACUACUUCCUCGAACUUAGCUGCCCAAGGAAAGAUGCCAUUGUUGGUUGAUCUACAAGCAAUAUCUGUUUCAGAUGAUGUUGAUUAUGAAGUGAUUUUGGUUAACCGCAUGGUUGACUCUGAACUACGGCGUCUUGAGAAAAGAGCAUCUGCUAUUUCACUAGAGUGCCCGGUUUCUGACCAUGGUCUUAUUUUCAGUGGAUUGGUCCAGAAAAUUGCUGACCUUGUUGUUGAUAGAAUGGGUGGUCCAGUUGGUGAUGCUGAUGAAAUGAAUAGAAAAUGGACCAUGCGGCGGAAUGAGUUAAGGAGUUUGAUGAACACUAUUAUACUUCCCCUUGGACAUCUUGAUUUUGGACUUUCACGCCACAGGGCCUUGCUCUUUAAGGUACUGGCUGAUAGGAUUAAUCUUCCAUGCAUGCUGGUUAAAGGAAGUUACUACACUGGUACUGAUGAUGGGGCUGUGAACUUGAUUAAAGUUGAAGAUGGAAGUGAAUAUAUCAUUGACCUUAUGGGUGCCCCUGGCACCCUGAUUCCUUCUGAGGUACCCAGUAGUCAGCUUCCAAAUUCUUUUCUUGAUAUAAGGAGCUUAGCAGAUGUCACAGUGAUGCCCACGGGCUUGAGAAUGUUGGAUGACGGGACAAUUCAAUCACCACCUGUAUCCAAAGUUGGACACUCAAGGUCAGAUGAAGCAUCAUGUGAGGCAACAGAUGAUGCAAGGCGCCUUGUUGAAGAAAACCAGAAUGAGAAAUGGGGACACGAAUUUGUGAAGUCGCUCCCAUCACCACAAACCUCAGGCAUAGGUGGAAAAGCAUCUUCUGCACAAAAAAAGAAAGUUAAAAAUGUAUCAAAAUAUGUUAUCAGUGCAGCAAAAAACCCGGAAUUCGCUCAAAAACUUCAUGCUGUUUUGUUAGAGAGUGGUGCAUCACCUCCUCCAGAUUUGUUUUCAGAUAUAAGCCCACAGGAUAUUGAUGAAGACAGAUUGAUUAAACAAAUUCAUUUAGGAGAUUGGAAAAAGGUGGCUGACGGGAUUCAGAGCCUAAAUGAACUGUCUUUGAUCUCUGAUAAAACCAACCAUGGAUAUAUGCCUGUUACUGAUGGAACUAACGAACCUAUCCUGACUGAUAUUGCAAGUGUAGCUAUUGCUCCUGCUAACCCACCAAGACUUUAUACAAGAACUAUGGGAGAGGAACAAGUUCACAAACCGGCCUUGCCCUUCGGAACCAACUCUUGCGAAAGACACCUUGAAAAGGCCUAUAUUAGUGAUGAUAAGAGGUUUUUUCAGGAUAGGAUUGACAUUGAUUUGGGAAAGGAGCCUGCAGUUAAAAUGAUGGAAACCGCAACUAGUGGAUUGUAUGUUGGUCGUGAUGGUCAAAGUGAGAGUCUCAACACAAUGCUGGGGGAAGCUGCGGAAUGUGAAAUUCAAUGGGAGGAUCUACGGAUUGGUGAGCGAAUUGGUAUUGGUUCGUAUGGCGAGGUUUAUCGUGCAGAUUGGAAUGGCACUGAAGUUGCUGUGAAGAAGUUUUUGAACCAAGAUUUUUCUGGCGAGGCUUUACUUCAGUUUAAAAGUGAAAUUGAUAUCAUGCUAAGAAUGAGACAUCCGAAUGUUGUACUUUUUAUGGGUGCUGUUACUCGACCCCCACAUUUCUCCAUACUGACAGAGUUCCUUCUCAGGGGAAGUUUGUAUAGAUUACUGCAUCGUCCUAACCCUCAACUUGAUGAAAAGAGGCGAAUGAGAAUGGCUCUUGAUGUGGCCAAGGGAAUGAAUUACUUGCAUACCAGUAACCCCACAAUCGUACAUCGAGAUCUUAAGUCUCCAAAUCUCCUUGUUGAUAAAAACUGGGUUGUAAAGGUUUGUGAUUUUGGUUUGUCACGAGCGAAGCACCACACUUUUCUGUCCUCGAAGUCUACUGCUGGGACGCCUGAAUGGAUGGCACCUGAGGUCUUAAGGAAUGAACCAGCAAAUGAGAAGUGUGAUGUGUACAGUUUUGGUGUGAUAUUAUGGGAAUUAGUUACUACGCGUAUCCCAUGGAAAGGCUUAAACCCAAUGCAGGUUGUUGGAGCUGUUGGAUUUCAGAAUAGGCGUCUUGAAGUUCCAGACGAGGUUGAUCCAGAGGUGGCCCAGAUAAUACAUGAUUGUUGGCAAAGAGAGCCAAAUCUAAGGCCCUCAUUCUCAGAGCUCAUGGUUCGUCUCCGGCAGCUUCAACGUCUUGUUGUUGAAAAAACAAACUCUACAAAUUAAAGCAACCAGAAAACAACAUUAUAAUAAAUAUUCUGGAUUUGUGCCCGGGCUCGAAGAGCUAGGGUUCGAUUAGGUUUUUCCUUCUGUAAAAAGUAAAGAGGGAUUGCUGGAUUAGAAGUGUUGGCUCAUUCAAAGUGGGGGCGCAGCACAAGCUGUUGUGGACAGAGUGGGGAUCCUCCAAGUGAACAGCUGCACAAGUGCAGUGGAGGGUACCACCGAAGAUUAGUCUUUACUAGAACUAGAAGUCUACUAGGUAGUACGUCAAUCCAAGUGUAAGAAAUUCCCGGAAAAAGGAAAAGGAAAAAGAAAAAAAAAAGGAAAAGAAAAGAAAGAA